AUGGAGGAUUGUCCGGGACUUUCUUCGGCUCAAGUUGAAAAGGUAAAUUUUUGGGGUAAUAAUUUUUUGUAUGCAUUCUUAAGCGUAUGUUUCAUAGCAAUUGAAUCUUCUCUAGUACAAAACAGAUGGCUUCCUUGUCAUCGAAGGCUUCUUCUCACUUGAUGAGGUGGAGGAAAUGAAACAAGAGAUGCACAAAAUUGUGCAAGAAAUGAACCUAGAUGAGCAUCCCAAAAGUAUUUUUACAACUGAUGUUUCACAGACGAAGGUGAGAAAUUAUUAUUAUCUUUACCCAGUUCAGAAGCCUGUGGUCGUAAUUUGACCUCAUUGUUCUCCAAUUUGAUUUGCUUUUUGUCGAUAUAAAGCUAUCAUUCAUACAGUUAACUCAUGUUUGCGACAGCCAAUGUUAAGUGUCCAUUUUAAGGAGAUUUCUACCUUAAAGCGAAUUAGAAAAAAUGACAAGGGAGAGGCAGGGACCCUUAAGGUUGCAUUUUUGUGGAGAUGUCGCUUAGGAGAAAGCUGACUGUACAAUGUUUUUUCCUACAGAUAAGGUAUUUGCAUCAUUAGGGUGUGGGAUAUCCCUUGGGCAGAGAUGCCAACCUCUGGAGACCUAAAUCCGGGAGACUGUCUUUUUUUUUCACUACCCCCCCGGAAUUUCAACGACACCCCCUCCCCAAAAAAUUGACCCAGCCCCCAAUGGGAAUGACUUAGGACAUUAUAUGACGUCUUACAUGAUGUACAUACUAUCAAAAUUCGAAAUCAUCGUUUUGAUGCUCAGUGACUACAUACAUGCAAAAAUGCCCCAGAAACCAUACUGCGAAUAAGAAAAAUUCAAGUUUUGAGCUAAAAAUGGGCUAAAUCUCAAACUAAGUCUGUUUUAUUUUUUACUAGGUAUUCAAUAUUUACAGUGGACAUAAAAAGCGGAAGAUUUAUGUACCAAAGCGGGAGAGCAGGAGAUGAGGCAAAAAAGCGUAAUGCACCUAUCAAUGUAAACCCCGUGGGGGGGGGGCAAGGGGUGGGGAUUUGACAAAUUUUAAAAUUUUUUUAUCAAAUUCUCCAGGGUGGGAAACGAAAGGACAAUCAAAAGUGUCAAAAAAGCUCCCACCCCAGGGGAAAAAUCUAAACAAACAAUACUAUAAUACUAUAUAAAACGAAUGAAAGAACAUUUCAAAAGUACGCUCUUACUACUUUUAUUUAAGGUUAACGUAAGCUCCGUUAAAUUACUCGCUGUAAUUAAGUAUUUUCUCUCUCCACUAGCAUCUCUUAUUUUGAACAACAUAGUCACUCCAGGAAGAUUGACCAUGCUAUUAUAUUAAUGAAAUGUAAAAUGCUUUAUAACAUCGGCUCAACAUGUCAGAACAGGUCAGAUCAGUGGCCUGUAAGAAAUCCUCUGACUUUCAUGGUAGAAUUCGAUUUCAAUCGAGGUUUACAAUCAGAUGGGAACUUGAAGAUAAAAACUUUCUGAAAAUAGACAUUAUCUGUUUAGAUGACAGUGUACAUGUAAAGUAUCGGAUUAUGGCGAUUAAAACAAAUGAAAACUUUAUAACUUUCUCCAACAGUGUGACUUUCAGAAAGCCUCGAGGGAGGGUCUUGGUUACCGCGUCUGAAUUGAUACCAGGCUUCUAUUGGUCAAAGUCAAAUGUCCCGACCCUGGGGUUGCUUUGCACGAUCAAAAGCCCGACAGGGGGAUAGUCUUAGGCAUCAAAUCCCCGCCCCUUGCCCGCACUCCCCCCUCACGGGAUUUACAUUGAUAGGUGCAUAAGUCUCCCGCCAAAAGCGGGAGAGUUGGCAUCACUUCUUGGGGGUACUCAAGAAAUUUAUGAAAAAUAAAAAAGGCAGUUCAGACUCAAAGAAAAUCAUGGUUCAUGACCAAUUAAACGUUUAUUUCUCUUUUCACGAAAAACAAUUUCACAGCUACUAUGAAAAUCUUGAUUCGCGAGGAAAAAAAUUAGCGAUUUCACAUUUUAUGAAAAGCAAAAAGAGCUGAUCACAAGUUACGAAAAUGCCCUUUACCACCCUCUAUACGGGGAGACUCCGCCCUUAGGUCCAACCCUUUACCCCUUUAUAUACCAUUUUUGACAGAAAUGGUAGCCCAUUUUGUAUACCUUCCAUUGACAAAUGGUACCCCUGUCAUAUACCUAGUUUAGAACUUUGCAUCCCUUUCAACUGCAGUUAAUGCAUUGACUUUUGAAAUGGAUAAAUCACAAACUUAGAUAUUUUCUCAACUUUUUCACAGCCAUAAAAUGCAUCUACCAGUCCCCUUUGGGCCUUUUUACAGACCAAAAUGGCAGAUUUCCCCACUCUUUCAUAUACCUCAACUCCUGAAAUCUCUAGCCUUUCAAAUUCUGGGAAACUGAGCUGGUGAAAAUUUCAUAACUGCCUUGCGUAUGAAUUCACGGCUCAUUACACAUGCAAGAAUGCAGAGAUGAAUCUGAAAUCUACAACUACCAACGGAUUCAAUUUUCGCAUAAUAAAUUCAUUAAUGGAAUCUCGGGGAAGGGGG